GAAAUGUAGAUGAGUGGAACACCUGAAGGAUUCUGAAGUUGCAUUCACCCAGACGCCAUGGCCUUGCGGAGCACCUGUUGACCUUUAAGUUUUCUGUUCAAGCCAGAGGUUUUCUUGGCAGGGUUUCUUUUGUAGGGGCAGCAUGGCAACCUCUGCUUUCCUUGCUUCCCGCAACGCCACAUUCUGCAAGGCGGGGGCGCUCAUCACGAAGCGGUGUGUUGUUGAUCAGGUGCACGCAGGUGUGCAGUCAAGCAGAUGCUGGGGUGUGCUGCGAAAAACUGGAUUCAAGCACAGGAGAUGCGAUAGGGAAGACCCAAUCGAAAGGUUACAAAACCCGCUUUCUCUAGGACGGUUACAUGACUAUCCAUCGCGGGGGGGUGGCAGUGAAAGGCAACAAGUUGGUGCUAGCACCUCGUAUAGGAGUCACAUUACGCCCUCAUGCGGUUGCUUGAGAACGGAACGGCCAGGGUCUAAGGGGCAACGCGUACGAACGUUUGCAACGGCAGACACUGCAAGUGGUGGGGCAGAUGCUCAAGAAGUGGAACACUUCACUCUCACAACGCCGCUGUACUAUGCUAAUGCAGCACCGCACAUGGGGAGUGCUUAUCCAACAUUCGCUGCUGACGCCCUCGCGCGCUUCCAGCGGUUACAAGGGAAGAAAGUCACAUUCAUCACCGGAACUGACGAGCAUGGGGAGAAGAUUGCAACGUCUGCUGCGGCGGCUGGAAAGGAGCCCAAGGAGUUUGUGGACUCAAUAGCUGAGGAGUUCAAGUCGCUGUGGCACGACCUGGACAUUUCGUAUGACAGCUUCAUACGGACAACAAAUGACAAUCACGAAAAGAUAGUUGCGGAAACAAUUCAGCGAGUGUGGGACAAGGGCGACAUCUACAGGGCCGAGUAUGAGGGGUUGUACUGCGUUGCUUGCGAAGAGUAUAAGGAUGAGAAGGACCUGAUCGGGACGGAGGUGGACGGAAGCGGGGAGAAGAUCGUAUGCCCAACACAUAGAAAACCGUGCCAGCAUCGACAGGAGGACAACUUCUUCUUCAAGCUGUCCAACUACCAGUCAGACAUUGAGCGCCUCUUUGAAACGAACCCCGACUUUGUCCGGCCAACUUUUAGGAAAAACGAGGUAUUGGAGUGGGUGAAGGACGGGGUGCGAGACUUCUCAAUAUCGCGGGCAGCGGUCGAGUGGGGCAUCCGGAUACCGGCAGAUCCCAAGCAGACAGUCUACGUCUGGUUUGACGCUCUCCUCGGGUACGUGUCGGCGCUUUUGAAGGAGGGUGUCGAGCCCACUUUGGAGAACGCGGUGGCGCAAGGCUGGCCGGCAUCGGUGCACAUCAUCGGGAAAGACAUUUUGCGCUUCCACGCGGUGUACUGGCCGGGCAUGCUCUUGUCCGCGGGGCUGCCCCUGCCGCGCUCCGUGUUCGGCCACGGUUUUCUCACCAAGGACGGCCUCAAGAUGGGCAAGUCGCUGGGGAACGUCAUCGAGCCCACGGCGCUCGUCAAACAGUACGGCUCCGAUGCCGUGCGAUACUUCUUCCUCAAGGAGGUCGAGUUUGGAAAGGACGGGGACUUUUCGGAGGAGCGGUUUAUCAAUAUAGUGAAUGCAAAUCUUGCGAACGCCAUAGGCAAUCUGUUGAACCGGACGCUGGGCCUGCUGAAGAAGAACUGCGGAGGGGCGUUGACAGCCGACGCGUCGUCGCUGCCAGAAGACCACCCGCUCCGAUUAGUAACGAAAAACGCAGUUCAAAAAGCGGCCGAAGAGUACACGAACCUUCAGUUUGGCGCGGCCGGAGAGGCGGCGCUCUCCAUUGCUGUGGCAGGAAACGAGUACAUCGACACUGUGGCUCCGUGGUCGCAAUUCAAGAAAGGCGACGCUGAGAAGGCCCAGGCCGCGCUGGAUUUGCUGGCCAUCCUCGAGGCCUCGCGCAUCCUGGCCAUCACGCUGUCCCCCAUCGCGCCACGUGUCACGCAGCGCAUCUACCUGCAGCUGGGCUACUCCGAGGACGACUGGAAGGCGGUCACGUGGGCCGACACCGCAUGGGGCAAGCUUAAGGCGGGGCAGCAGAUGGCGGAGCCAAAGCCGGUGUUCGUCCGGCUGGAAGCUCCCGGAAGCGCAGAUGAAGCUCCCACUCCGAAACCAAAGCCAGCAAAGGCACAGAAGAAACAAAAAAGCGAGAAAAAGCCGGCCGCUGUUCCUAGUUGAGAUGGGCAGUGUUGAAGAAAUGCAGUCAACUGCUCAAGUCUAUCUCGCACUUAUGAGCUCGUCGGCAUGACUAUGCCGUUACCUUGACCAACUCGUCGAAACUGUGUUCAUCCAAGCCCUCCUUACGUCAAAGGUUGACGUUCAAAGUAUCAACCGUUCAUGUGUUGAAGUACUAUUCACGAAGGCCUACCCAAUG